CCCACGGUCUGUCGGUGCCAGCUGUGGUGUGCGUCUUGUACCAUCCAAGCAUGGAAGCCAACAACGAAGCAGGCCAGCUGACUGCUGUGUUGCAGUCGCCCAUCGCCAGCAAGCUGGCAGACAGGUCCUGCUGCUGCCACCGCCGAAGACAGAGGAAGCGGACAGCAGCAGUGUACAGACGAGCCGCGACGUGGCUACCUGCCACGGCCGUUGUUGCACUGCUGCUAUUGAUCGUCCGCUCCUCGCCCGGGGCAGAGGCCGCCGGGUCCUGGGGGCUGGGGGGCGGGAGAGCGGGGCGCGGCUUUCCAGUCGGGUCGGAUGGCCCAGAUGAUGACGAUAUGGCUGAGGUUUUCGCGAAGUUCCAGGAGGAGCAGUUUUGGGAGGACGUCGAAUAUGCCGGCAUGGAGGUGCUGGAAGAGGAGGUCGCUGAGAAGAAAACGAAGGAGAUAUUUGCGCAAGUCGCCAGGGCUUGUUCAGUCGGGGCACAGAUGACCCUCAUCAUGGGCGGAGGGGCUCUCUUGUUCAGGCUGCUCCCGGUCCUGCUAGGCCACGACCUAGACGACGACGAAGGAGACGACGCAAACACCCCUUACCUGUUGCAGCUGGACGACCACCGACCGCAGCAGGCCUCGCUGGACGCCGCGAGAGGCCGCCGGCAACCGCUCUUGACCAGCGUCCCGAACGAGGAUGCGGCGGUGCGAUUGCACGGGGAGGAGACAGAGGGCGACGGGACUGCCGUUGUUGUAGGUUUGGCGGCGGCAGAGGGGGAGGGGGGAGGCGGCGGUGGGGCCUUGGUAGCGGAGGCGGGCGGGGGAGUUAUCGUGGCGACGAGAGACGGCGCGGAGGAGGAAGAGGAGGGGGAGGAGGUCGGCGAUGUCGACGUUGUCGUUGAGACUCGGUUGCGAGUUUCCCUCAGAAAGGCUAGGCGGUUGUCUCGGCCCUUCCUGAAGGCCAUGGCGCCCCCACUGGCCCUGCUGCUGGUGGCGCGCUUGGCGCUGGGGACCGUGUUGGCGAGGAGGAUAGACCCGACGCUCGAGCUUCUCUUUGGCGACGACGUAAUGGACUUGUACUCUACCAACAAGAAGGUGAUAAACAAGGUCGACAUGCCGUUCGCCAAGGACGCACAAGACGUGCCGGGACGGAAGAAAAUGAAGGGGAAGGGGGUGCAGCGACAACCGCGACCAGACGGCGAGGAGGGUAGAGGAGGGGAGGGAGUCACAGCGGAAAGCGAGCCGGAGGCCCACUUGUAGUACACGUGGUCGGACUCUUCUCACAAAGGACGGGUUGCCGAUUUUGCGUGCACGUCGUUGCAACCUCUCGUUCGUUUUCGCUGCUCGCGGUGUGCGAUACUACUGCUUUUUCCUGCUGCUAACUUCUGCUCUGUAGACUACCGGGGUGGAGUCGCCCUCGUAAAGACGCGAACAGGAAUCGAUUAUGUUGUGGCGAUAGGCCUGGUUUCUGUUUGUUCGUCGGCGACAAUCAAUUGCACAACUCUCGUCUUGUUGCGAGUAUCGGUCGCCCCUGAAGGUGGCCGAGGCGAUCUUCAACUCCGUACCUGUUCACACGUGGAAACUUCCUUUGUGAGUCGUCCAUUGUUGCUUGGCAUGCACGGGAUGACGUGCCCUUCUAUUGUCCAGGAGUUCAUCAUCCGGUAUCGCAGCAGUCGUGCCCCCCCCUUCUUGGGAAAUAAGAGAUUUGCGUUUGUCAACACUGCCACCUUGGCCACCCCACCCCGUCAUAUUCGACCGUAGCAUAGUUUCACCUCUUGCUCGCCGGGUUUUGAAGACGUUUACCUCCGUAUUAUUGCCUUUUACCUCCGUAUCAUUGCCUUGUGCGUCCAGAAUCGUACCGAAAGGUGCAAGGAUCGACUUCCAGAACAGAACAAAUGGGAGAGACAAUAAAAAGUAAAAAUAAAGGGGGCGGCCCAGGACCUUUUGUUGGGUAUGGUGAGGCGAGGGUGUCGGGAGAGACCCGUUCUCGUUUGAGGUGC